CUACCUCCUGCCCGCCUUCGUGCUGCCCCCGGCGGGGCAGGGCGAGCCGGAGCGGCUGGUGCGGCUGCGCCGGACCAUGGUGGAGCUGGAGGAGGUGCUGGCGCCGGGGCCGGGCGAGCCGUGGCUGCUGCGGGGCACCGUGCGGGUGCUGAACGUGGCCUAUCGCAAAGCCGUCCACAUGCGGGCCAGCCGGGACCGCUGGCGCACCUACCGCGACCACCCCGCCCGCUACGUGCCGGGGGGCUCGCCCGACGGGGGGCUGAGCGACCGCUUCACCUUCAGCCUGCCCUUCGGCCCCGGCCAGCAGGAGGAGCAGGGCGAGGAAGAGGAGGAGGGGGAUGAAGCCCGGCUGGAUUUCGUGAUCCGGUACCAGACCGACGAGGGCGUCUACUGGGCCAAUAACCAGGGCAAGAACUACAGCGUGGUGAUGAAGGGCCGGGCGCCCCCCCGGGCGCCCCCCAGUACCGCCGGCCAGGAUGGCGCCGGGCGGCAGCUGAAGAGUUGCAUGAGGCCGGAGAGGAUGAGGCCCUGCGAGGAAGAGCUAAGCGAUGAAGACAUACCAAACCCUGCCCGUGAGGAAGAAGGGAGCCCGGAAAGGGAGACGCAAAGAGAAUCGCCCUCAGCUUCCACGGGACAGGUCCCGGAGCUGCAGGUCCCCCCCACGUCCCUGGAGACGGAGCUGCCUGCCAGGGAACUCCUGGUGCCCUUGGCUGAGUCCCCUGGGGGCGGCCGUGGGCCCGAGGCCGGCUCUCUGGGGCCGGGGGCCUCGUUCUCGGAGGCUGGCCUGGCAGAGCAGGCUGGGCUCUGGCGGGCGGAGGAGGAGGCCGUGGACUCGGAGCUGGAGCAGCUGUAUCUCUCCCACCUCAGCCGGCUGCGGGCGGAGGAGCUGGGGGGCGCCGGGGGGCGGCCGGGGGGCACGGAGGCGGCCGGCUCCCCCCCGGCCUGGCUGCCCGCCCUGCGCCUGAGCGUGUUGAGCGACCGGGACCUGGUGGUCGGCUGGGCCGGGCCGGAGCGGGCACUGAAUAGCUCCCUGGCCCAGGAGAUCACCCUGCGCUAUGCCAGCCCGGCCGCCCGGCUCAGCCCGCCUGCCUGCCCGGGGCGGGACAGCCCCCCGGCGCUGCUGGAGGCCGGGCUCCGGGGAGCCGGCCCAGGCGGGGCCCUGCGGCUGCUGGCGCCGGCUGCCGUGGUGGUGCCGGCACGGACAGCAGCCCCGGCGGGGCGGAGCCGGGGGGGCUGGGGAGGGCCGGGGGUGCUCCGGGAGGGGCGCCCGGCUGCCCCACGCGGCUGGGACAGGCCCUGACCCGUUCCCUGUUCGUUCUGGGCCUCGUGGUCAUCCUGCCCGUGGUCCUCAGCGGCUGCCUGCCAGCCGCGGCCGUCACCCUGUAUGUGGUUCUCACGUGGCGCCAGCCCCCCCUGCUCUAGCCCCCUCCACCCCAGAGCCAGGGAGAGAACCCAGGCGUCCUGGCUCCCAGCCCCCCCUGCUCUAACCCCACCCCUUGGGUCCCACGCCGGAGGCCACGUGCCUCUGAAGACCUUACAUCGGUUCAUUGUCCUGCUUUGCUUCUCCAGCCCACAACCCCCCCACCCCAUGGCUCUGUAUUUAUUUUGUACCGGGGAGUGUGUGUGUGGGGGGGUCAAUUCGUGCCGCCCCAGCGUGGUGCAAAGCGGGUCGUUUGCAGCGUGAUGUGUCGGUCCAGCCGCCGGAGGGGCUGGCGAUCGUCCGGCUGAUUCGCCGUGCGACGAGGUCCCACGGCACCUCAGAGCCACCCAGCUACACACUCCACCGCCGCGUGACCCAGGAAAUGUCGCUGUGGGAGUGUGGGGGUGUGUGCCUCAGUUUCCCCACGCGGGGAAGCCGUGGGAGGCUCUCGGAGUGAUGAAGAACAGCCAGACUCGGAGCUGAGUCCGGAUUGAGGCCGGGUGGAGAUGAGAGAGGAAUCGGGCCCAGAUCCUGUUGCAGUCGGGAGUUACUCCAGAUUAAGUGAAAUCAUCAUGCAGCCCUGACCCCAUUGCAGUAGGGGGUGACUCCGGAUUGACUCCAGAUUAAGUGAGCUCUGAAUCCAGCCCUGACCCCAUUGCAGUCGGGGGUGACUCCGGAUUGACUCCAGAUUAAGUGAGCUCUGAAUCCAGCCCUGACCCCAUUGCAGUCGGGGGUGACUCCGGAUUGACUCUGAAUUAACUGAGAUGGGAAGUCAGCCCUGCCCCUGUUGCAGGUGAGGGGGAUCCAGGGCCGGAAAACCUGCCUUGGAGCGAGAGGCAAGACGCUCGAACCAGACGGAGACGGUUGGGGGGGCCAUGAGCCUCGGCUCCACGUACCGCCCCGCGGGGCGGGGGGGGGGGGCAGAAAUCUGAUCACAGACGCGUGGGGGCUUGAAGGGGGUGAAAUGCGUCCACACAGCUAAUGGAAACGCUAAAUAAAAAUGGUCCCGG